AUGAAUGGAUCUGAUCAACAAGAACAAGAUGAUACUCAUCGACAUGGGCCUCCACAGACCAUGAAAAUAGCAAUUGGGAAGUAUCACAAACAGUUACUAGUCGGUUGUGGGCGGUUAUAUUGUUCAAACGAGAACUGUGCAUCGUCUGGAAAACUACCCAAAUUAACAAGUAAUGAAGCUGCAGCUCGAGCAAUUAUCUGUUUGCGAGAUAAGGCGCGAUUAUGCGAGCCACUUCCAGAAUUUUUAACGAUGGAGGCAGCAGAUUCACAGGAAUCACUAAAUGAAGAAGCAAUUAAAAAAUUACUGGAGAAAUGUCGUGCAAAAGAUGAUUGGUAUUGGAUAAGAAGUUAUCUGGAAAAUGCAUUAGGCAAUCGUAUAGCGAUGCUGAGUUCAUUCCGCAAUAACAAUUUUCGGGCACAACUGGAUGGGAAUCCAAUCGAUUAUGGGAUAAUAAGUGCUUCAACCGAACAACAGUCAGUUUCACAACGAAAACGAAGAGCACAGGCUGAUGUAGAUGGUACAGAAUUGCAGUUGGAAACCAAGACAGAUACUUCUUCCAUUACUGUUAGCUGCGGAGAGAAAGAAAUGGAAGAAAAGAUAGAUCGAAAGUACAGUCGUGGGGAAAGGACAAGCAGUGAAUUAGCAUUAGAUAUAACUCAGUCUUCUCAUUCAGAUACCUCCACUGAAAUGCCACUUUCUCGUACGCUGGCAAGUGAACUUACAAGAUCAGCAUCUGAUUCAAGUAGCAUGCAAUAUACAAACAACGCAUCUCCGAGGAGCUGCAGUCAUUACGGGUGGAUAAAUGAGGAAAAAGCUACGCAAUCAGUGGAAGAGGUUUCAAAAAUCAUUUCACAAUUAAAGGAAGGAAAAUCACCAACGGAUAUAGAUGCAGCACGGCGUUGUUUUCGUUUGCUUUUUAUUGAAACAAGUGAGCAUAAGCAUUAUUUGAAUGCUGCAAUGGGUGCAAUAGCUCAGCUUUGCAGCAUAAUUGAUUUCCAGUUGCAAUAUGAACGAGCCUGGGAGCGUGAUCCAGUUGGUAUUACACACAUUAUAUGUUUAAUGUUCGAAUUACCAUUCAUCCAGUGGCUUGAAUUUAUUGAAGUAGGCUUCACGCCACUGUGUAAAAUGUGUUCAAAUUUAUCAGAAGAAGGUCAAAUGGCACUGGCAUCAGUGUGGGCUAGUUUUGGAUCCCAUUGGAUACAGGAACGUAUCAACUUUAUGCAACAGGCAAUUACGCUUCGUGUUUUAACUGUAAUUGAUGCGGUUGGAAGCUUGCCACUUUUUACCGAUCGAAUUGAACCUUUACCAGCUGCGAUUCAAGCCUUGUCUAUAUUGUAUAAGGCAACUUUAGUCAGAUCCAAACGUGAUAUGAUUCUACCUUGGGACAUCAUUAAGAUGAAUGGAAUAAUAGAAACCCAUGAUGCAGAGUUGUCAGCAAUGAAUGCAGAAACUAAUAAUGGAAGAAAUUCAUGGGAAAAUAACAGGCGGCGAAAUUUUUCAUCGUUUCUUGAGGCGUUUACUUAUAGUGGAAUUGAACUAGAUGAAGAAGAGGAAAUCCGGUUAGCAAAGGAGGCACCGAUUGAUGCAUGGUUGGUAACGAAAACCUGUUUACCGUUAACAGAAUUGAUGAAUUCAACGUUGAGUGAUAACAUUUCGGUUCAAGAUGAUUUCGUUGCAUAUAAGUCGUACGAGAAUGGACAUGCAUUUUCGGUGAUGCCCGAAUAUUCAUUCAUAUUAACAACCGAAGUGAAGCAACGUUUUCUUUACCUGAAUAAUCGAAUUCGUCAGAGAAGUGAGCGCCGACAGGCAUUGGCUGAUGCUAUUACAUUCGGUGUGUCGAUGGAACCGUAUUUGAAAUUAAACAUUCGUCGUGAUAAUAUUAUACGUGAUGCUUUGGAUAGUCUUGCUGCUAUUGCAAUGGACAAUUCAGCUAACUUCAAGAAGCAGCUUCGGAUUCAAUUUGACGGUGAACAAGCAGUAGACGAGGGAGGUGUAUCGAAAGAGUUCUAUCAGCUGAUAACUGACGAACUAUUUUGUCCGGAUUACGGAAUGUUCGUUUUAAAUGAAAAAACGGGUUUGUACUGGUUCAAUUCCCAAUGCAACUUUUGUGAUGAUGAAUUCGGACUAAUAGGACUGUUGUUUGGAUUAGCUAUAUAUAACAACAUUCUUAUUGAUGUACGCUUUCCGUCAUUAGUCUAUGUAAAAUUACUUGCAAGGCCGGCCGUUUUUGAUGAACUUGUUCAAAUUGAUUCGGAAUUAUACAGUGGAUUACGACAAUUGCUUGAAUGUAAUGAUGACGUGGAAAAUAUUUACAAUUAUACGUUUCAAAUUUCAUACAGAGAUGUUUAUGGUUGUAACCACGAUGAAGAGCUUAUACCAAAUGGUGCAAAUAUACCUGUAACACUUGCUAAUAAAAAGAAAUUCGUAGCUUGCUAUGCUGAUUUCUUGUUAAAUCGUUCAGUAAAACGACAAUUUGACGCGUUUAGUAUGGGCUUUAACAAGGUAGCUAACCGUGGAUUAUUGAGGAGAUUAUUUAUGCCUGAUGAAGUUGAACAAUUAGUUUGUGGUGUACUUGAUUUGAAUUUCGACAUACUUGCACAGUGUACAAAAUAUCAAAACGGUUUUACUGAAACCAGUCAAACAGUAAAGGAUUUCUGGACAGUGGCAAAAGCAAUGAGUACGGAAGAAAAGAAAAUGUUGCUUCAAUUCAUCACGGGUUCCGAUAGAGUCCCUGUAGGAGGCUUAGCAAAAUUAGAAGUCAUUAUUGCUCGGAAUGGUGAUAAUAAAGAAAGAUUGCCAACAGCUCAUACCUGCUACAACGUAAUGCUAUUACCCGAUUAUGGAGAUCUUGAAAUAACAAGAGAGCGUAUUACCAAAGCAAUUAGCUAUAGUCGUGGAUUUGGUUUACAGUAA